UUUGGAACUUUGAUAAUAAUUCAAUAUAAACCGUUAUCUGAACAAUAAUCAAGCUUUUUAGUUUUCAAUCGCUUAGUAACGAAAAUGACUUCGAAUGCGAUUGAAAAAUCGAAUUGUAUAUUUUGUAAUAUAGUAAAUAAAUUAGAAAGUACUGAAAUACUAUAUGAAGACGAAGAUGUUUGCGUAUUUCGUGAUAUAAAACCGGCAAGUGAUUUUCAUAUAUUGACAAUUCCGAAGAGACAUAUAGAGGAUGCUAAGGCGUUAACAACCGCUGACAAGAAUUUAGUUGACAGAAUGCUGUGCAUAGCUAAAGAGCAACUUGCUAAGAACAACUUGUCAGUAGAUGAUGCAAGGUUUGGUUACCAUUGGCCUCCGUUUCGAAGUGUUAGACAUCUGCACCUGCAUACCAUAGCUCCGGAAUCCAAGAUGGGAUUGAUAUCAAGAAUUAUAUUUAAGAAGGAUUCCUAUUGGUUUGUCUCGGUGAGAAUUGUUUAUACAUUAGCUGUCACUGACUCUGUCCGCGAGAAAUUAAAAAAAGGCGUAAUAAGCCUGUAA